UAAGAAAUCAUUUAAGUACAUUGGUCGGGUGUGCUCUUAAAAGGUGUGGAACUCUCCAUGGAAUAGGAACUAUAGUGAAGGGAGCGAGUGAAUGGAGGGAACUUUAAUAUCGGCGGACUGCUCGCUUGGUGUUGACCAAACUUGCAGCAGAACGCCGUUGUUUUUUCUUUUGUUUUUGUUUUUUUUUUUUUACUUUGACUUAACAGAUAGUGUGCUACCUAGACGACGUUGGCAACAUAUCUUUUCACUUUGUUACAGGAUGGAAACCCAUCACGAUAAGAUUUUAGACUCUCCUUCCAAAAACAGUUACAUCGGCAGCUACUACCAGCCUCCAGACAGGAUUCUGUCAGUCUCUAAACAUCAGGAGUUUCCUGCUCUUUCACCUCUCAACAUGGACCAGACCAGCAGGCGCCUGUCUCAGACUACUUGUGGUAUAGACAGCAAAGCUGUCGUAGAUGCACUGAAGACCCUUCAGGAGAAGAUCAGGAGAUUGGAGCUGGAGAGGAAACAAGCAGAGAGGAGUUACGCUCAGUUCUCUCAGGAUUCUCCUAAACAUCAGCAGGACAUGGCGUCACACAGCCGAACUGAAGCCAACCUGUCAGGGUCAGCACUGGACCUGAAGCUGCAGUCUGCAGAAGCUCGCUGCAAAGUCCUCGAGAAGCAGCUGGACUACAUGAGGAAAAUGGUCGAGAAUGUGAAAAAGGAGAGACACGUUCUGAUGGGAAACGAGAGCCAACAGCCAAGCAGCUCAAACAACCAGAAUCAACGAGAGAAGCUGGAGAAACUGGAAUCAGAGUAUCUCAAACUGAGUAGAACCCAAACGAUGGCAGAGAUGAAGCUUGCUAUUCUGGAGCAAAAGCUGCUAAAAGAAGAACAUGAACGUAAACUGGUGCAGGAGAAAGCAGAGGAGCUACGGAGGGAGUUGGAUGUAAACCUUCAUUUAACCUUGCCGCCUACUGAAGACACAAGGCAGAAGAAAACCAAAAAGACAAAUCAGAAAACCUCAAAACAAGAUGAGCUCCCAUCAGGAAGCCCGAGGCACAAGAAGAUGCCUUUUGUAAUAGGAACAUCGACAAGCCCGAGCCAUUCAGUGCACGCCAACGUUCAGAGCAUCCUCCACAUGAUGAAGCACCACCAUCCUCAGCUUUGUGAGCGAGUGAUUUCCUUGCAGAGACCUGGAUGUGGAGUCAAAAAAAACCUUCAAAAUGAGUUUUCUGAUUCUGCUCCGCAGUCAGACAGUCCACCUGCAGAUCAGUCGCUGACUUUACUGUCUGACUUGCUUUUAGCUCUGCAGGAUGAGCUUGGACAGAUGAGCUUUGAGUAUCAGGAGUUAGAGCAUCAGAUAGAAGCAAACCAAGACGAUGAGCAUCGUGAAGACCUGCAGCGAGAACUGGAAAGGCUCUCUGCCAAGAUGGAGGAGAAGGGAGCCCAGAUCACCAAACUUCGCAAACAUCAGCAGACGGUACAAAAGCUGUCGCAGAGGCAGCAGCGUACAGAGGAUCAGUCGGUCAGGAAGGUGACUGGGAUCGAGCCACCUGUCCCAUCACCUGUUAAAGCCAAACAGAAAACUGGGAGGAAAGGUGCUGCGAGUCACAACAACCUGCAGCUCCUCAGGGAGACCAAGAAGUUCAGAAGCAGUCUAAAGCAGGACGAUGUCUCCUGGGAAACAUGAGUGUCUUCUUUGUCCUACAGCUCUGUGGAGGACAUGGCUUUCCCUGGAUUUUUUUUUUUUUCUUUUAUACUCCUCCUCAGUCAGCCUGUCAGAGACAUGCAGUUGGAGAUAAAGUCUGUUGAUGGAUCAUCAGCAUACCAACUAUGACUCAGCUAACAGGAAGCCCUUAAAGGCUGCUGGGUAAAAUGGGUUAGAUAAUGUUUUAAUGAUCCUCAAUUUUAAUAAAGCAUACUCUUGGAUAUUUAACAUUUUUUCACAUUGAAAAUUGACUUGUCACUUCCGAACUUCAUCAAAUCCACCACCAGAUGGCAGUCCUGCAGCAUUAAUUUGAAGAGAUGUUUAGCAAAUAAAGCAGUUCCAUAACAGAAAAGA